AUGUCGCGCGGUGGCGUAGAAGGAUCAUCUAUCGAUCCGGUGAUGGAGAGCUCUGCACCAGAACCAAACAACAGCAUGUGUGAGCUGCUUCGUGAAGCUUUCUCAGCCACGGUCGCCAGAGACUACGAGAAGGCCGUUUCAGUGGUACGAUGUGCGGUAGCGACCGAUUAUGCGUUUGGAGUGGAAGAUUUGGAAUUGAUGGAUCAUGUCUACGCUUGUAUACUUAAUACAUCACACUAUGAUGAGAGUGUGAUUGAGGUAUGCUGGGAAUGGAUCGAUGCUCUGGAACGUGCUCCACGUUUAAAGGAUGCCCGUGUGAUAUCGAGUUCUCAGCUAAGCAUCUACUAUGCGUAUCACAUGAUAUCGCGAGUCCAGGAACGCAUGCCUCGCCGACCAAAUCAUGCGCAAUCCAGAGCAGACGCGUGGCGAAGAGUCAAAAGAAGCUUCGAUUACUUAUGGUCAGCGGCUGUUCAAUUAUGGAAACCUUUUGAGUUGGAUCGAUUGGAUAUUCUCUGUAGCUGGUCAUAUCUGGCACUACAGUACGCUGAUUCUGUUGAUGAGGACACCAUCGAGCUUAUUGAGACAGCCAAAUGCCAAGCAGCCCACGUGCUCGCAACAACUAUCGUAGUGGAGAACGCACAUCAAGCAAAUCAACGAGUGGCUACAGUGGAAAGAAACAUCAAGGAGGCAAGAUCAUUGGCGGAAAAACUUGGCAAAAAAUUUGGCGUCAAGGAAGAAGGAAUGACAAUCUCGCAGGCGCCAAAAGAAACCGAGGAAGAAGAAGAAGGUGUUCCGUCGAAAAGACGUAAGGAAGAGGAGCAGUAG